UUCAGCCUUGCCUUGGAUACUUCCAGGGAUGGGUCAGCCACAGCUUUUCUGGGCAACCUGUGCCAAGGCCUCACCAUUCUCACAAGGAAGAAUUUUUCCCAAUACCCAGUCUAACCGUGCCCUGUGUCAGGCAGAUGGAUGCUCAGAUUCCCCCCUGCAUGGGGAGGGCUGUUUAUGCUGGGUGAUUUGACCCGAGGGGAUGUAUGAACGGGACCAGUUAUGCUUUGGAACAACAAAAUUAAUGGUGUUAUUCGUUUCCCUAGCAGAUAGGAGAGUAACUGGAUCUCGCACAAUAUUCUCUAGAUUGUAGAUGUAAUCAUCAGAUUAUUAUUGUGUGUUUACCAGAUUGCUUUAUGGGAAUGAGGAUCCCAUCAUUUCUGCUGGUGAAGUAUUAAAAGCAGUUAACUUCCCUGGGUGCACACUCAUUUGAGGUGUUGUGUAAUCUUGAGAAGAAGUUUGUGCUGUGAGUAUCCCUGGAACACACCAGUUGCAUAACGGAGCACAGAGCACAGUGUCUGCUGGAGUCAAAAAUCCACUGUAUUUUCCAUAGCAUUGUAAACAGGCAGGAAAGAAUGGUAAUGCUGUAACGUAAGUGUCCACUCAUGCUGUUGGUGGUGGUGGUAGUAGUAGUAGUAGUAGUAGUAGUAGUAGUAUUUUGCUGCAAUGGAACAUGUUCCCAGUGAAGUUAUGCCCCAUCCCUGGAAGUGUCCAAGGCUAGGCUGGACAGGGCUUGGAGCAAACUGGUGUAGUGACAGGGGAUGGAACAAGAUGAUCUUUAAAGUCCCUUCCAACACAACCCAUCUCAUACCAUGAUUCUGGGAUUCUGUUUAGUACCCAGAUAACAGAUAGAACAGAUAUUUAGUGCCAUAAAUCCAUCAGUGAGUGUAAGAAUGGUUGUUGAGGAUUGCCAUUACCCCUGUAAGGUGCUGUAGGAGUAGCUUGAAAGCACAGUUAGCUCACAGCCAGUGAAACAGGUUCUUGUGGUACUUCACAUAGAGCUUGGCUUCAUUCCAUGUCAUUUUGUCAGAAAUUAGAGUAUCUGAGCUGAAAUUCUACGUGGUGUAUGUCUGCCUCUCUGGGCUGCAGGGCAAAGGGGGCAGGAGAAGGAAAACUGGAGUAAUGAACUGAGGGAGAAUUUGGGGAGCAGUAUAAUUUGAGAAGAGCAUGCUCAGCUGAAAGGCAGUGUUGAGUGAAUAUGGCCCCUCUGCAGCUCCAACACUGUGGGGACACAUCAGGGGUCUGACCCUGGGGAGUGGCAGGCACAGGGCUAGUCCUUGGGCAGGAAACAGCCUUCGGGGAGCUGGAGGGAGGGCAGGGACUUGAGGGAGGCAGGACCAAAGGGAGGGAUGGAAGGGUGAGCUGCCUGUCCCUGCACAUCCACCAUGGAGCCAUGUGCCUGUUCCUCCUUGGCAAACCAUUGGGAUCUGAGGUAUGGCAACCUUCCAGUGUCGGUGCAGGACUGGUGAAGGUCUGGUGUCCCCCAGUCAUUUUUCAGGCUGGGAAAUUGUGUGUAAUUCCUGGCACAGGUUAAACAUACACUGACCAGAGAGCUUUUCAUUGACCCUGCAGCUGCUGAGGCACCCAAAGGUUAGGUUUCUCUUCAUGGGCAGUACCUGCCCGUCACAGCGGCUUCUCAGCCUCAAGAUCUCUGAGUUACUCCAGGAUGAUUUUCCAAGGCUGUUGCAUACUGUCUCCCAGUGCCCAGGAGAUGGCAGUCCUGCAUUUGGACAGUGUGUGCAGCUGUUCUCCAGAUGCACCAGAGAUUGGCUGAAGAGGAAAAUCCCAUCAUGGGCUGCUUGUUUGGCCCUGCUGGGGAGGGAAAUGGCCAUGUUUGCAGGGUCUGGUGGUCUGUCCUGUUCUGGGAGAUACUAAAGCUGGAGUGGUGAGCUGUGAGAACAGUAUCUGCUCAGCAGGCAGGUGUUCCUGGGUGCGUAUUGAUGGCGCAAACUCCAGUAAUGGGUUGGUGUCACUGUCAAGGAGUUAUCACCACAGAGGACCUGGAGAUGCAAGGUCCAUGCAGCUUCAGCUCCUCCAGGUGUGAAGGCUUUAAUCACAGCCAGGUGAAAAGGUCUUUGUGAGGAUGGAGCCCACUGUCAUGAAACCUUACCACUGGCUGCCUCUUCCCAGCCGUGGCUGGUGCCUUUAGCAUUCCAGCAGGGAGGGCAUGAUGGAAAUCACCGUUGGACCCCCUGCUCCUCACUUACAGCCGUCAACUGCUCUUUUCCUUCCCCUCCCAUCCUCCCUUGCCUUCACCAGCCUCCCCAAGUCAUCAUUGUCCUGCCUGGGGCUCUCUGGCCUCUUCCCGGCCCAGCUCAGGGGCAGUGCCCUGUCUCCGUCUCCCAUCCCACACUCAUUUGCCUUCGGUCUUUUGGAGGUAAUGUUCUCAGUGGGCACAUUUUUCUGCUUGAAGAAGGAACAGUGGAGCUGAGGAAGGGGCACAGCUCCUGGAAGGGUGCUUGGAGCCAUCUGCAAUACUCAGCCCUUCACAGAGGUCACUGGAGAUAAUCAGCAAGAACUUGGGAUCUAAAUCUGGGUUACUGCAAACUUGGCUGUGCCAUUACAGAGCAGGAGACACUUAGAAUGGCUUUCACUCUUGGGAUGAUUGGGAAACGAUCUGUUUGCUAAGCAAAAUGUUCAACCCAUCAAGGAAAUCCAUUGUUAAACCCAUCUCAGGUGUCUCUCCACAAGGCAUAAACAAACACAUCAGUCAAUGUCACCUCCUUGAGCACAAGCUGAUGUACCUCAGCUCCCAGGUGUCCGUCUGGGGCUGCAGCUUCAAAGUUCUUCCCUUUACUGUUCUACUCAGAAGAUGAUCAUCAGUGUUGGUGUUAGGAAAGUGGUGCUGCAGAGAGCACCUGCAGAGAGGCUUCAGGUCUUAGAUAUACUUUAACAGAGCUUCUAAAUCUGGAGAUAGCUGGGCCCAAAGAGAUCCAACCAGAAAGACCAUCUUAAAUAAGAACAUCCCUGGAGUGGGGAAUCUUCUAGGGAAAGGUCUGACCUUAAAAGCAGGAAAGCAAACUUCUCGGGAUUAUUUUUAGUGUAGAAGCAGAGUCCCACAGUGAAAAGUGCUGUCACAAUGCUCUGUUCAGCACUCCAAAAACUGAUGGUUGUAGUCAUGCUGUAAAGCCAUAAACUCCUUUGGGGAAUGAACCUCUUUUCUCUUUAAAACCACAUAAGCAAUUCUAAAAAUGCCCCUCUUGAAAUUCUGUUCCUUAGUAUAUGCUUUGUGAUCUUUAACUUUGCAAAUGCUUAUGGUUGUAUAAGGCUGAACUGAAGUUGUCAGUUAUUUCUUGGUCACUUAAGGAUGGAAAACUUUGUUGUUCUUCAAAUGUUUGCAACCUUAAGAACUUCUUUCCAAGUACUUCUUUGUGGAUAAAAAAGACCUGUGCCUUUACAUCACAGCUGCCAGAUGCCAUCUGAGUAUGAACAAAGAGAUAAACCCAUGUACAGGCACACACCCGAGACCUUCCUCAGACUGGAUGCUGUAGAAAAACCCUUUCAGCAUGAAAUAUUUGCAUUAGUUGGAGAUUUAAUUUGUUGUCUUGUGAUGCUUUUGCAAACUUACAGACGAAAAGGUGGCCUGCUCUCCUGGCUGGACAGUCUUUCCUUUGAUGCCUGGCUCUGGCUGAAGGCUGGUUAAGAAGAACUGGGACUUAAAAGAGCUGUUCUAAAGUUGAAAGAUGUACAUAGAGGAAAAAGAGAAGCAUUUGGACUCAGUUGAAAUAACCUUCCACUUCUGUUAAACCCUGGUGGAGCUAAGGGGAUUUAUCUGAGCAAAUGAAUUGAAUACAGGUAGGAGAUGAAGCUGCGUCCCUGGGGAUGUUCCCAGAUUUUCCCUCUUCAGAGACAAGCAGAUUUGCAAGUCUGGUACAUGCGUGUUUAGAGAGCAAGACUGAGGAGUUGGUGACCCAGAGGAGUGAGGAGAUGGGGAGUGGUGGGAGAGGUGACACAUGGGUCUGUUCAGGCUGGCCAUGCUGCUGGUCUGGCUCCUGCCCCGGCUUGCCUGGCCUGAGGGCACCUGAGGAAGUGCUGCAUUGAUGAUUUUCUCAGCAGCUUCCGAACACACUUGGAGGUGUUUGACCUGGUGGUUUGCAAAGCCCUUCUCUGGGUCAUUGACUCUCUCUGUACUUACACAGGAGGGAGUCAGUGUGCCCAAUCUCUGGGCACAGCGUCCUGCUGAUCUGUCAGCUGUUCUUGGGAUCUGUGCUUGAAAACUGUUUCCUCAUGUGUUCCUACACCUUAAAGCAAUUUCUCAGUUUCCCCAUCCUUCCCAUGGCAAUCCAGACUUCCCAGUUACCCCAUGCUGCUCCUCUGGGCUAGUGAACAAGCAGAAGCCAACUCUGCCCCACGUGCUCCAAGGUCAGUUUGAUCAUAAAUGUGACUUUGACCAUGCGGGUCAUAACAUGCCUCUCCCCUCACCCAAGGUAGCUGCCAGGAUCCAAAACCAGGGAUUGCCCUCAUCCCAAUGCCUGCCGGACCACACAGUGCUAGACUUUGUGCCAGCUGUCUGGGCAUUGUGCUGGCAAGGGCCUCCAUAAAUAACACAGGACUUGGGAGCAGGACACAGCUGUGGGUGGGUGGCUGAGGCUGCCACCCUGCUGUCCCCACUGAUGCUCCCCAGAGGGGAGCUCCCGCAGGGCUUUGCAUUUGGAGCUGCAAGCAGCCUAUUGCCUUGUGUCUUUCAGAGAAAAAGGAGAGCUGAUUAAUGCUGGAGGAUCUGGAAGAGCCACAGAGAGGGGACUUCUGGGAGGAUUUAGUUAGCAGUGGCCCAGAUACAUCAAACCAUCUUCUGCAUAAAGCCAUAUCCCAUUACUGCUCCCCUGUGCAGGACAGCUUACGGUACUUACCCUGUUAGAAGCCUGAUGCUGCUUCGAUAUAUUCCAAGGAGACUAUGAUAAAAUUUCUGUCACUGUUUUCCCUAACUGAUUUCAGUCAAUCACUCCAGUGGAACUGGCUGCCUGCAGGUGACAUCGUGUCCCUGCCAGGCAGGCCCUGGUGGGGUGGGCAGAGCAGCACCUGAGGAGCUCUCAGGGGUGGGAAAACAACAGGCUUCCAGGGAAUGUGCCCAAACAUCCCCAGCAUCACUGACCCUCUCCCAGUGAGGUAGUGAGCACUGUCCAGCUCCUGGCUCAUAGCACACACAACAGGUGCAGAUUCCAUGGGACACCUGUAGAUGCUCUUUGCUGCGGGUGAUGACAUCCCCAGGUGACUCCAAGUCAGCUCUCCAGCUCCAGCCUGAAGUUAAUCCAGAUGCCGGAUGGAAUCUUGUUUCUUUCCAACAUCAGUGAGCACUUGAACUGGACCAAAAGGCUCUAGCUUUACUCCAUACCUGUGAGCCUGAAGCAUGUUUUUGGGCUGGUGGUUUUGCUCGGGCAGUACAUGGCCAUCCCAGAUGUAAAUAUACAUCCUUAUAUAUUCUCGGUCACAGUUUCACUAUCAGAGACAGUAAUGCCAUCCCUGUUAGCACAUUUUGGUAGCUCCUGAGUCAAGGGUUUGGGACUGGCACUGCAGCACAGGCAGCUGCACCAAGAGUGUGCAACAGCCAAACCCUAUUCAGCAGCUCAACUCCAAUCUUCCCAAAUUCCUGGUAGGAAACACUUGCUUGCAGUUGUGUGUCUUCAAGGGGAAAUCCUGCCUUGGGUCAGACACAGCCACGGGGCAUCCUCCCAUCUGCUGGGAGCUCCUUUGUACCCAUAUGGGCAACAAGUAGGGUGCUGUGGGCACUUCUGGGCCUAGAGGUGGCCUUUGCAUCUGACCAGACCACCUUUCCUUUGGUACCCAAGGAUCCCUUUGGGAAAGGGUCCUCUCCCCUCUCUUUGCUGUCCCCUACAUGGUAAGAAGUUGCUCUGGCCUAAAACCAGGAUUUUAUUUUAGGCUGGGGAAUGGGCAGGGAAGCUCCUUCACAUGCGCUGUGUUUCUGUGACUGGGGAACUGGGAGAAGCCGGAGACGCCCAUCCAAGGGCCCAAUCCCACAGCUCUCCCUGCAGCACUCCAUGCUGGCCAAGGGGAGACAGUGUCAAGCUGCGAUUCCAUCAGUUUUCCCUUUUUGGGGAAGCUUGGUGACCCCAUCCUCCUGGCAUGGGGUCCAGGUUGCUGCUGAAGAAUUGCUUCAGGUUCCCCAGGCACUAGAGCCUCUCCUAGGCCACCCAUCACUUCUUGCCACUGUGGGGCCAUGGGGCUAGACCACGACACUGCUGAAUUCCUCCUGAGGAAAGUUUAGAGAGGACCUGCAGGCUUUUCCCUGUGGUGUGGGAAACUGGAAGGGGCAGUAAUUGCUGUCAUUGGGGCUGUUUGAGACCUGCCAAGCCUGUAGCCACAGAAAAAUUACUAGGACAGGGUAGGAAGAAAAGUCACUUUGCUGCCUAACACCUGGGAAGGUACUUCAUGAGACGAGUAGCCUUGACCUCAAAAUAUUUCCAAGCUAUGGGCAGAGGGAAGAAGAUGCUGUUGUCGAGUGUUGCAGCACCACAAACCAAGUGCUGUUCUGCUGAACUGAUGAGUCCUGGCAUCCGCAUUGCCGUGGGGCUUCACUCGCUGUGAGUGCGUAUGAAAAACUCCCUGGCUUUAAAGGGUGUUAGAAGUACCUAUUUGGAAGAUGACUCCAGGAUGAUGGGAAGACAUCUGUGUCAUCUCAUUUUUUCCAUCCUUGGGUUUGGAAUAACAAGGAUUCAUCUGGAGAACUGGAUUUUACAACUAAUACUGGCAAACUCAAAUGUCCUUGUGUCCCUGCAGUGACCUUGUGCUUUCUGUGCCAAGGGGUGACAUCACAAACCUGGCCAGGUGCAGGUGGAGAACAAUGAUGUGCAGAUGUUGAUGACACCAGGAAGGAAUGGGUGAGUACUGCUAUUUGAUCAGCUGCUUCACCUCACUGAUGAGCUCUAUAUAACAUCAGGGUUGGCCAUGCUGCCACCAGACCAGAUCUACUCAGCUCCCCCACUCCACAGGAUCCCAACAGAGACAGCAUGGCUGCUCGUCACUACAGUCCUCUGUUCUUCACCUCCAUGCUGGCCCUUGUAUCCCCGCUUCUUGCUCUCCACAUCGAAAACCUGGAAAGAUUGAAAGCAGAUUUGGAUGAAAUCAUUAAUAUCCAUUCUGAUGGGCCUCUUCCUGAUGAAGCUGGAGGGAUCAUCCAGCAGAACCAGGCAGCUGACCCUCGGCAGGCACAGAGCCACAGAAGUUGGCCCAAGGACUGCAGCGAGCUCCCUGCCAGCAGCUCCAGUGGCAUCUACAUCAUCCAGCCCACAGGAAUGCAAACCAUCGUGGUCUACUGUGAAAUGAGCAGAGAGAAUGGAGGCUGGACCGUCAUCCAGAGGAACCACAGAGAUACACCAGUCAGCUGGGACGAGUCCUGGAGCACCUACAAACACGGCUUUGGGAAUGUGCACACUGAGUUCUGGCUGGGCACUGAGUACAUCCACCAGAUCACCAGACAGAAGGUCUACCAGGUCAGGUUUGCCAUCUGGGAUGCUUCAAAUAACAUGAAGUUCGCAGACUACAACCUGUUCAGCCUGGGUGAUGAGUCCCAGGGCUACCAGCUGAGGCUGGGAGCGCACUCGGGGACAGCAGAGGAUGCCAUGGCCUCCAAGGGCACCACGACCAUGCACGACAACAUGAAGUUCUCUGCUAAAGAUCGGGAUCAGGACACUUCUAGCGGGAACUGUGCCACUAGCUCCGGGGGUGGGUGGUGGUACUCGGCGUGUUAUUCUGUGCGUCUGAACUUCAAAGGGGGCAUGACAUGGGGCAGCCUGUGCCAGGGGAACUGCAGAGCCUCGGCCAUCCUCAUCAAACCCACCACCUACUGCUAGUUGCAUUUUCAUUUCUUUGCUGUCCAACCUGGGGCUAAUUCUUGCUCUCCAAAGAAUUCAAACAAAGCAAAACCAAACCAGGUAUGUCAUGGGAAUGUGCAUGGGGGUCUUUGCAGAGGUUGGUCAUAUGUAGCUACUGAAGAAAAUAAGGCAUUUUCCACUUUUUCUUCCUCCUGUAGAUUUCCCCUACUUCUCAGCUGUGCCUGUGUCCUCUAGUUCAGAGUCAGAUCAUUUAAAUUACAUUAAUAAUAGAAACAGUCUCUUGGAAACUCAGAAGUUUCCAGAUCAGUAGUGGGCUUCACAUAACAUGUGAAAUGGUCAACCCAGUAGACUUCUGUGGCUUUGUAAGUUAAAUUACAUCCUUAAUUUCAGGAAAACUACCUAAUUUUUGCUGAAGAUCUUGCUAAGAUACUAAAGUGCACAGUCAGCCUCUCACUCUGAACCUCCUGCAUGUAAGGCUUAAUAGAUGUGAAAUAGUCAAAUAAAUUGGUAUUCAAAGAACUGUCUGAAUUGUGAAAGUCUAUUUCAGACCUUUGAAGUGCUCAAAGAGGUUAAUGCAUUAGAGGGUUUACACCACUGCAGCUCAGCUUUUCCCUGAGCCAGGGCCAUGAUUACUUCCCAGAGUCAGUGCUGGUAGAACAGUUGGACUUGAUGAUCUUAGAGGGCUUUUCCAACCCUCAUGAUUCUAUGAUACAUCCUCAUCUUUGAAGGCAGAACCCUUCAGCAGAUGCCACCCAUUCCAGCUUCCAACCUCCACGGUAUUUAUGUACUAAAAUUGCCUCCAGUGGCAUGUGAGUCCUGGAGUGCCUUUGGCUCAGGGAGAUGAGAGCUGUUUCCUCAUCAAUACAGAGGCAUGAGCUAGCAAAUAAAAAUCAUUGAAAACAAUUCUUCUA